CCCCUUCAUCUCAUGGGGCUCUAUCCUUGCUCUCUCUUACACUCUUCUGUAGCGUCUCAAGAUGGCCGCAGCCAUCUCCAUCCGCUGCCCAUGUACACCAAUUCCCUCUUCUUCCCCGUCAAGAACUCCCUUUCUCAAACCGUACAAUGGUCUUAAACCCUACCAACGCCGCCUCCCCACCAUCUCCAUAUCCCUCACCACCACCAAGACCACACCCAGUGCCCUGAAAGGGAGGCAACCGAUCGUGGCGAUGAGCAUGGAGGCGGGGAUUGGGGUGAUGGGCACCAAAUUGGGGAUGAUGACUUACUUUGAACCAGGCGGUAAGGUCGUCCCUGUUACGGUGGUCGGCUUCCGUGAAGGGAACAUCGUCACCCAGGUGAAGACAGAGGCCACAGACGGCUACAAUGCCGUCCAAGUGGGCUACCGUAGAGUUCGCGACAAGAAGCUCACCAAACCUGAACUAGGCCAUCUCAACAAGGUCGGUGCGAUUCCCAUGAGGCAUCUGCAGGAGUUCCGGCUGGUUUCCGUUGACGGGUUCGAGCCUAACCAGAGUUUGGUCCUUGAGGACAUCUUCAAGGAAGGAGAUCUUGUUGAUGUCUCUGGAAAGUCCAUCGGUAAAGGGUUCCAAGGUGGCAUUAAAAGACACAACUUUCGACGUGGUCUAAUGACUCAUGGUUCAAAAAGUCACAGGGCCUUGGGUUCAAUUGGUGCGGGAACAACACCUGGCCAUGUAUAUAAGGGCAAAAAGAUGCCUGGCAGGAUGGGGGGAACAAAAACAAAAAUCCGGAAGUUGCAGGUUGUUAAAAUUGACAGCGAGCUUCGAGUCGUGAUGAUUAAAGGUGCUGUUCCAGGGAAGCCGGGAAACCUUUUGCGUAUCACGCCUGCAAAGAUUGUUGGUGAAAACAUACCAAAAAAUUAGCAAGGUUAUGUAGAGCUCUUAAGACAUUCAAUUGUGGAAGUGUUUUUUUCCUCAUUAUAUGAACUAGCAUGACUUUCCUAAUGUCACAAUUUUUCGGAACAAAGUUGUUGAUUUUUGAAUGGAGAAAUGGUAACUCUCUCUUCCACGAAAGUGGACUUCAAUGCUCA